AUGGCCAAAGUCGAAGUGCACCCAAAACCCCUCAUACCCCACUCCAAAGUCCCAAACCCACUCCCUCAACUUCUACAAACACCCUCAGGACUCGCACUUCUUGAAAUGCAAGGCACAAUCAAUCUACCCUCCCACGACGACGAGGAAUCGAUAUCAACUGAAUCGCAGAGCGGCGUUGCAUCACAAGAGACACCGAUAGGACGGUUGAUCUUCCCGGACUUUGAUCCCACAGACAACAGCAAGACGGGGUGGAUGAAGCGCGUAUAUCUGUACGUGGGCAAGCAUCAGAGACUUACUGGGGAAGUAAAGAAGUUGCCGAAGGCGCUGGCUGUCAUCAGGAGGAGAAAUAUCGAGUGUGGGGGAGAGGGACGGAUGGAUGUUGAUGAUGGAGACGAUGCGGAGGAGAGGACGGAGCAGUUGGAGGUGGUGGAGAUUGUCAAGUACAAGAUUAUAUUCUCUAUCAGGCCGGAACCGGUUGGAACUUGGGAUGCCGGAGAUGUGAUAUGA